ACCCACCUACCCAGGGCCCGCCUUCAGCUCCCUCCGCCAUCACACAAAGCCAGCCUUCAGCUCUCUUUCAUCAAUCUUUGAUCUGACGCAGACCAUCACGCCACAUCGGAAAUCGAGAGCAUCCUGUCAACUGGUCCAUCAAUGAGGGCUCUCGUCGAACACUAUGAUGUCAAGCCGUUGCCCGCUGCGUCGGCUAGAGGCCCCGACGUGAUGGCUUCGUGGAUUACGCCAGAGCACCUUAGCGCCGGACAUGUCGCGGCCCUCAAGCGCGCCAUCGUCAACGUGCUUUCCACGCCAGAGGCAGAGUUCGCCUUUGCUCAGAUCAUUGACGGCCUCCCAACGGCCGAGUCCUUCACCGAGUUCCACCUAUUCUACCCAGCCGAUGAUGGCGAGCACCCCGUGGCCGAGCACCUGGACCUUUGCGACGGUGCAUUAGACGCCGCGCGCGAGGCUCGUACGAAGUUGAACCCGCUUGCCCUGCGAUUCGACCCUCACGUAUUGCAAAGCUUCCAGGACGAGGAGGAGGGUUCACGGCCCUUCUUCCUCAGACUGGUUGAACUCGUUGCCGUUUCUGUGCAUCAGCUCGCUGUGCAGGUGUACGAGCUGGAACAAAGCCCGCAUCGACACGAAUACGAGUCGUGGUGGUCAUCGUGGAUAGAGAGGCACACCGUUGACGCCCCGGGCUUCGAAGCGCUCUUCGCAACUGCCUUCCCCCCUGUUCCUUUUUACCACAACGGCUACCGUCAACAGUAUGACCAGUUUCCGAGGGGCAAGGCCGACAUGGUCGGCUACUGGGCCGAAGCAAAGAUCUUAGGAGGAGUAGCCCUGUUUGACCGUGGCCCAUCGGAACGCGAGUGCAAGGAGCUCUUGAUACACGGGGAUAUAAGAGAUGGCCCUUCUACAAUUUUUCCUCCGACACCCACGCAAUGGGACGCUCUCGUUGCUUUCAUGUCUUGGGACUCGGCGGCAGAUGUCGGCGACGAGCCACCGCCGGCGUGUCCGCUUCCGCUCAGGGCCACACGAGACAAUGUGCCUCGCUACACGCCCUAUUUCGCCAUGAAGUACCAGCACAUAUUUCGCGACCGCUUCGCCAUCUGUCUCCCUCCUCGGUAUGACCCGCCGAAUACUCGCCACCUGACUGAGGUGGACUACCCAUCGCGAGAUGAUUAUUUCUGGGUCUUGCAGCGCCUGAUGGAAAGGUGGAAUGGGGCUGCCAUUGAUGAGGAUGAGAUGCGACGGAGGGAGGAAGUACUGAGAGCGUGUCAACCGGGCAAUCCUUUUUCGUUCACGCCGUGGCCGGACGAGAUUCUUGAAGGUGAGGGGAUGAGCGUGGGUGGUCCAGGGGCACAAAAUGGCUCAGGGGCAGGGCAAGAACGGAGUGACAGUUGAUUUUGCCCUGGGAAGCACGCCAGCAGAGAUACAGAGAAUUUGACUGGAUGUUGGUAGGUUGCUACAUUGUUCCGUUUCGAAGCGACAGAUAUGAACCAGUUAUGUGCUCAUGAGUACAACGAGAAUACGGAUUUCU